GACUCACGCGGUAAAAUAACUAGGGACGCUCCAUUUCAAAAACGUCUUGCUUCAGGCACAGUUGCUAGAGUGGAACCUCAUAGGAAAUGGUUUGGAAAUACCCGAAUUGUUGGCCAGGAACAGUUGCAGAAAUUCCAGGAAGGUAUGAAGAAGAUCAUCAACGACCCUUUUCAAGUGGUUAUGAAACAGACGAAAUUACCUAUUUCGCUUCUCUCCGAAAAGGCCGACCGUCAACGAGUUCAUGUUCUGGACACUGAAAGCUAUGAGUAUACUUUUGGGAAGAGCGCACAGCGAAAAAAACCAAAUAUACAUUUUACGGAUUUGGAAGAGUUUUGCAAAGAGAUGGAAGGUCGAAUUGAUGCUUAUAGUGCAGAAAAGGAUAGAGACCUUGUCAAAAAUGAACAGUUUGUCGAGAGAGCUGAAAAUCCUAACCCGUUAUUUAGAGCAGGCCAGAGUAACCGAGUAUGGGGAGAACUGUACAAAGUUUUGGAUUCGUCAGAUGUUGUUGCCGAAGUGAUUGAUGCUCGAGACCCUAUGGGCACUCGUUGCUUACAUGUUGAACGUUUCCUGCGUAAAGAGAAGCCUCACAAACAUGUGAUCUUAAUUAUCAACAAAAUUGAUCUCGUUCCUACUUGGGUUACGAAAAAAUGGCUUUCUCUGUUGUCAAAAGAAUUGCCUACUAUUGUUUUCCAUGCCUCAAUGCAACAUUCUUUUGGAAAAAGCUCGUUGAUUAAUUUACUGCGACAGUUUGCGAAGCUUCAUAAAGACCGACAACAGAUAAGUGUUGGUUUUAUUGGUUAUCCUAACGUUGGGAAGUCAUCUGUAGUCAAUACUCUUCGGGCAAAACACGUUUGUAAGACAGCACCAAUUGCUGGAGAAACAAAGGUCUGGCAAUAUGUUACGUUAAUGAAGCGAAUUUACUUGAUUGAUUGCCCAGGUGUUGUUUACCCACAGGGAGACUCGGAAACCCAACUAGUUCUUAAAGGCAUUGUUAGAGUAGAGAACAUCAAAGAUCCUGAAAAUCAUGUCCAAGGAGUGCUUGAUCGCGUUACACGAGAACAUCUUAAGAAGACUUAUCUUAUUGAUGAUUGGCAGGAUGCUGAAGACUUUUUAACGAAAAUCAGCUUCAAAACUGGCAGGUUAUCAAAAGGUGGCGAACCUGAUUUUAAGGCUGCUGCGAAAGGAAUUCUCAAUGAUUUUCAGCGUGGUGUUUUACCUUAUUUUGUAACACCACCAGGUUGUGAAGAGGAGACCAAGCAACGUGAAAAUACUUUACCAGCUGAAGAGGACCUGGAGCAGCUUGAGGGUGAAAAUGUUACAGGGGAAAGUCCUUCGAAUAUCGAAAAGGCUGAGAGUUCUGGUGUGACUUCUGAAGCUGAGAGUGAUGAUGGAUCAUUGACAGAAAUUGAGUCCACUUGUAGCGGAUUAAGCGAUUUAUCUGGCGUAUCUGAUCUGGAUGUUCAUUUUGAGGAUGCUCCUGAAGGCGUGGUCGAUUUUGGAAUGGAGGAAGAUGAAGAGCCACCAAAAAAAAGAGGAACUCGUAAGCGCAGUAGACGUGCAGGAAAAAAACUGACUGAAAAGAGGAAAAGGUUGCAGAACAAUAAGAAAACAGGUUUCACUGAGUUGGCAAAGGCUUUCGGAGGAAAUGAAAACAGUCAGGUUAAUUGAAU